AUGAGGCGCCAAAUCUCAGAGAAAAGCAGCUCCUUACUGAAAGAACUAAAACAGGCCGAAAAGCAACACAAAGCCUCACCCACUGAACCCCACAGACUAGAGGUCCACAAAAUUAGGACCAGCCUAGAAGCCCUACAAAUGCAACAAGUAGAACGUGCUAUCAGAAAAUUGAAAACAAUCUACUACAGACAGGGAAAUAGG